CACAGAGCGCGCAUUCAUACACGGCGGCUCGGGAGCGAGCGUCACUUUGGAAUCUCGCGGAUCCUCGUGCGAAACCGGCGACCUCCUUUUCUCCACUGAAGUCCUCGCCGUUGGAUUUCCACCGGAGAGCGGGGGGAGAGAGUGAAGGGGAAGUCAGGAGGGAAGUGACACCGGGUGAGUUUGGCGCACAGUUGUGCUUUAGCAGGUAAACUGGGGUCCAAGGUGCGCACUGAGCCGCCUAUGCUACCAAAAACACGGAUGGAAGGAACUUUGAUGUGGAACCCUCACAGAGUUUUGCAACGGAGGCUGAGAGUAGAGACAGACUGGCAGUUCAUAUUAUAACUUGAAGGACGCCAGAGGGACAGAUCGGACAGAACAGCGGUCAGCCGACAACUCCGUGCGUCACUGUAGGGACAAACAACAACAACAACAACAACAACAACAGCAACAGGGACACAACAGGUGCAGCUCAGCAUUUAGGAACAGACCUUGCAUCCUCUGCGUGCCUUAGGGGGUUGGGGGGGGGGGGCUGUGUGUGCCUACGAAGAUGUCCAGAGAGGAGCAGAGCAUGUCGGACGUUGAGCUCAGUCCCGGGAUGUCAGACGACAGUCGCUCCCUGUCGCCGGGACAUCCCUGCGGCGCCGCCGGCGGGCGGGACUCGCCCCUGGGCGGGCGGCAGCGGCCGCAGCCGGCGGGUCUGGACGACUCGGUGGCGGGCUGCUCGUCCAUCAAAUCCGAGGACGAGGACGAACGCUUCCCCGCGGGGAUCCGCGACGCGGUGAGCCAGGUCCUCAACUGCUACGACUGGACCCUGGUGCCCAUGCCCGUGCGCGUCAACAACGGCAGCAAGAGCAAGCCGCACGUGAAGAGGCCGAUGAACGCCUUCAUGGUGUGGGCGCAGGCGGCGCGCAGGAAGCUGGCCGACCAGCACCCGCACCUGCACAACGCGGAGCUCAGCAAGACCCUGGGGAAGCUGUGGAGGCUUCUUAACGAGAGCGACAAGCGACCCUUCAUCGAGGAGGCCGAGCGGCUGCGUAAGCAGCACAAGAAGGACUACCCCGACUACAAAUACCAGCCACGACGCCGCAAAAGUGGAAAGCCCGGUUCUGGGUCAGGAAGUGAGGCCGAUGGCCAUUCAGAGGGUGAGGUCAGCCACAACCAGCCCCACUACAAGGGCCUCCAACUGGAUGUGGCCCUCAUCAGAGGAGCCGGGUCACCUCUGGCAGAUGGGCACCACCCUGCAGGUCACAGUCCUCCCACCCCUCCCACCACUCCCAAGACCGAGCCUCAGCCUGGGAAGGUGGGGGAUGGAAAGCGGGAGGGGGCUGGCAAGGGGGGCUUGCGGGGCGCGAUGGGCCCAGAGGGGAGCUCAGGUGCUCCGGGAUCUGGAAAACCUCACAUCGACUUUGGUAACGUGGACAUUGGGGAGAUGAGCCACGAGGUGAUGGCCAACAUGGAGCCUUUCGACGUCAAUGAGUUCGACCAGUACCUUCCCCCAAAUGGACACCCGGGGGUCGGGCAAAGUUCUGGGGCGGGAGCGGCCGCUACACCUUCCCCGGCCUCUCCGUACACCUACGGCAUCUCCUCGGCUCUGGCGGCGGCCGGUGGACACUCGGCGGCCUGGCUCUCCAAGCAGCAGCAGCAGCAGCAGCCGCUGCAACACCACGGCCCGCCUCUGGGCGCGGAUCCCUCCAAAGCCCAGGUCAAGAGUGAGGCCGGGGGUGCCGGGGGUCACUUUGCAGAGGCGGCCUCUGUAGGUUCCCAUGUCACCUAUACCCCCCUCAGCCUUCCUCACUACGGCUCUGCCUUCCCCUCACUGGCCUCCAGGGCCCAGUUCGCAGAGUACUCCGACCACCAGGCCUCAGGGUCGUAUUACGCUCACUCCAGCCAGGCCUCAGGGUUGUACUCUGCCUUCUCUUACAUGGGGCCCUCCCAGAGGCCCCUGUACACCGCCAUCACCGACCCGGCCAGCGUGCCGCAGUCACACAGCCCCACGCACUGGGAACAGCCCAUCUACACGACCCUGUCGCGGCCAUGACAGACAACGAGACCAGGAGGUCCUGGCGCAGGUUCCGCCCCCACGUCGGACCCGCAGAGCAGCGGCUUCAGCAGACGCGUUGGUGGCGGCGGGGGUGGAAGUGGGCGGGUCUGGGGGGUCUGGGCGGGCCCCGGGGGAGUCGGCAGUGGAGACAGGAGGGGAGAGACCCCGUUCUGCCCCUGCCCAGAUACAGUACUGCCGUCGCAGCCCAAGGUUGAGCAUGCAGCGCGGUGCUUUCCAAGCGGGGUCGAUGAUUUGGGGAAACCGGUGUAGACGUGUCAGAGUGGAUCACUUCACACCAUCGCAGAGUUUCGAGUUAGAUUUACUGCAGCCAAGACUCAGCCCCCCCAAACAAGAUGAUUGACAAUGUUCACCAGUGGUUUAGGAUUAUGUCCCUGUCACUGUCUGUGUAUCAGAGGAGGCACUUUGUCGUCUACACUCCUUCUCCCACAAGCCACCAGGGGUCAGUCACAGCAGAGGGCGGAACACAUUGAGAAUUAGCCAGACUUUGAUCUCUACUGUGAAGGGUUUGACUGAGAUGGAGCCAAAUUCAUUUUAUGCGAAAUAGUUAUUUUUUGUUACAGAAGAAUGAAGUGCCAAACUAUUUAGCUGUGGCCCAUUCACUUCUCAGGCAAGAUUGAUCUCAUUACAGAUGUUAAAUUGUAUUACUUUUAGGAAUGAAUACAACAAAUACUGAUAUGAAUGUGUUGGUUUCCGAGGCACAUUUGUUAUCAAUUCAUUACUUCAAAUAUAUAUAUAUAUAUAUGCUCUGUUCACUUAACAAGCCUUUAUUACAUGUUCAUGGAAACAAAAUGCCAUAAAACUAUGUUGAGGUUUCGUGAAGUGAAAUCUAUAUUUAGUCAAAAGAACGUUUUGAUUAUUAUCAUGAUAGUUUAUAUGAUGUACUUGAAAUUACAAAUGUACCUGUACUGAUACAUGCAGAUUCCUGGUAUUUGUAAAAAAAAUAACCAAAGUUUUGGGACCAAAACUUAAAGAGAAGAAGCUGAUUAUAAAGGCGUUUCCCCCAACGUGACAUUCAAAACUACCUUGCAUUAUAUAGGUGACUAGUUUUCUAUUAACUUUCAACAUUUUUCCUAUGUGACUUAUUAUAAAUGCCUUUAAAACAUAUUGGUAUCAAAAGCUAUUUUUGGCUUUUUUUGCCACAAUGGCACUGAUGAGUGUGAUAAUUUUAAGAAAGUGAAGAACACGAAGACAGACCAGGGAUCAGGGAUGAACGAUAAUUAAAUCUAUAUAUAAUAUAUAUAGAGCUGAUAUUAAGUAGCCAAAUUGCUCUGUGCCAACAAACAGAAAGAAGAAGCAGCGCGACCUGAGACACACGAGGUCGCGUUCCACGACCUUCUACACGGCUACAAAGGAACAAGCGCAGAUUCAAAUCCACCUUUGCGAAGUACAUCUCAGUCUUUCUGUCACUCGAGUGUACAUAAUAAAAUACAGCUUAUGUACUUCCUUGAGAAGCAGAGAAUUGUUGGUUAUCCUACUAGCUGUAAAAAAAACAUUCAUUCAUUUAUCCCUCGUCACAAUGUGUGGUAGAAGCCUUUUCAUUGUUCCAACUUCUCUGUAUUAAUUAAUUAAUUAUUGUUGCACCCUGCCGCUUCUUUUAAUUUGUGUUAUUUGAAAUGUGUAUCAAUACUAGAUCUUUUGAUUGUAGUUGUACUACUUUGACCUUUUUUCUUGCAUUUUAAGCACAGUUUCAAUGUGAGAGAUGCAAAUACUGAGAAACAGAGAUUAAGCGAUUAAAGCUUCCCAGAGCAAAAAACAUUUGAACCCAGCCUAUUAUUAAAUACAAAAUGUGCAUAGUCCUUAAAAUACUUGCUGCAUCACAUGUGGAACAGAGAAGUAUAUUUUAUUUUAAAUCAAAUUUGUGUCUUUCACAAUUUUUGGACUAUUAGUUAAUCUAGUUUUCCAUGGUGUUUCCUCUCUUUGGUCUUCAUAGUGUACCUUCUGUACCAUGUCAUUUAUUUCCACCAUUUCCUCAACAGAACUCUAUCUUAAGGAAAAAAAGAUCAUUUAUCUUUGCUUUAUUUUUCAUGUAUCACAAUUAAAUAAAUUGUAUCACUACGGGACGCCGAUCCGAACCAUAUGCAUGCAGCACUGCUCGCUUUCAUAGUCCAUCAAUGAUUAAAGCCCCUUCCUAUCUAACCAUUUACUUCCAGCAGAAGAAGCAGUUUAUUUUAUGUCCUUGUUGCUAUAUGUGAAAUAUGUGUUACAUUGCUACAAAUUUCUUAUUUAUAAUUGUCUUGUGCUGUUAGUUGUUUCUCUCCAAAAUGAGGACAACGUGUGACCCGAUUCGUGUCGAACUGCGCAGCAAAACAACUUAUGACACCAGGAGCAAAAGCCUAAACAUGUGAUGAUGACUAAUGACCUUUCACGCUUAUUUGAAAUAAAGCUCUAUUAUUCCUGCUUU